AAAAGAAAAAAGCUUUUCUAGUGUCAAUCAUGUCCGAAUCACGUGACUUUAAUUCAAUAGUUCCACUUUCACCGCCAUCGUUGGCAUCGUUCCCCGUUUGUUUGCUUUCUUCUGCUCAAAUUUAGUGCAAUUUGAAGACUCCUCCCAUCUUUCUCCCAUUGAAUUUGAGUAAAUUGCUGCAAUUUCAAGACUCUUCCCGCUAAUUCUCAAGCAUUCAAGAUCAGUUUGAAAAAUUAUGGCUGAAGGAGAGGAAGACUUGCCAAGGGAUGCAAAGAUUGUGAAGUCGUUAUUAAAAUCUAUGGGUGUUGAGGAGCAUGAGCCCCGUGUUGUGCACCAGUUUCUGGAGUUAUGGUAUAGGUAUGUCGUCGAUGUGUUGACGGAUGCACAAGUUUACUCAGAACAUGCAGGCAAAGGCACAAUUGACUGUGAUGAUGUUAAGCUUGCUAUCCAAUCAAAAGUGAAUUUCAGCUUCUCACAACCACCACCCCGGGAGGUAUUAUUAGAGCUUGCUAGAAACAGGAACAAAACCCCGUUACCAAAGAAUGUCGGAGGCUCUGGAGUUCCUCUUCCACCCGAAGAGUACACACUGAUUAGCCCUAAUUACCAGCUAAUGACAUCAAAGAGACAAUCCGCCCAGGCAUUUGAAGAACCAGAAGAAGAAGAUGAUGAAGAAGAAGAAGAGGCCGCUGUUCCUAGCUCCUCUCAAGAACCAAAGAACGAUACAAUGCAGACCACUCCGCAACGGGUCUCUUUUCCUCUUGCAGCUAAGCGUCCGAAAUGCUAAUUUGACAACAACCUACAUUUGUGUCAGGUUAGAUCUUCCAAAACUGACAAUUGCCUGUUUCUUAAUUACAAAUCAUACUAUAGCGAAUUGUCAGAUUAAUUUGUAAGCAUCUGAAUUCGUGACCCUAAUCUUGCUGUAUCUGAAUAUUGGUAAUACUGUCUUAUUUUAACAGUAAAGGAGAAGUGAUUUUAAGUUUAUGUA